AUGAACGUUAUUUUAAUGGUUGCUGCUGUGACAGCUAAUAUAGCAGGGCUGAAGCCUGAGAGAAGAAGCCCUGGAAGCUGUCAGAGAGGAGCCAUGGACACUGUCUCUGGACCGGACCCUGGACUCACUAUGGAACCUGAGGACAAGUCUUUGGACCCAAGGGAGACCAGCCACAGAAGAUUUAGUUCAGUGAUGCACACAGAGGAGGAGAAGGAGGCCCCCAGCAUCACAGAGUUCAACUCCUCUACCCACGUGUUGCCCGUGGGCCAAACGGCCCGCUUUACCUGCCAUACCGGCGGCACGCCGGAGCCCACAGUAGAAUGGCUCCACAACGGCAGGCCCCUGGAGAGGAACGGCACAGACGACCAAUCAGAGGCCUGGGUGGAGAGAGGCUUCCUCUUCGUCAGAGGUGGGAGGUAUGGCGUGAACACGGUCUGCUGCAUGGCGAGCAACAGCGCUGGCACGGCAAAUCACACUGCUGAGCUGCUUGUCUUUGAUGUCUGUGAACUCACACUGGACCCAAACACAGCCCACAGAGAACUCUCUCUGUCUGAGGACAACAGAAAGGUGACGCGGGUUGGAGAGGACCAGUCGUAUCCGGAUCACCCAGAGAGAUUUCACUCCCUGCCCCAGGUGUUGGGUAGAGAGGCUCUGACUGGCCGCUGUUACUGGGAGGUAGAGAGGAAAGGAAGUGUUGGUAUAGGAGUGACAUACAGAGGAAUCACAAGGAGAGGAUGGGGUGACAGCGGACUUGGAUUGAACAACAAGUCCUGGACUCUAGCUUGUGAUGAUCAUGGUUACACUGCCGGGUACACUGGUAGAGAGACAGCCAUACCUCUCCGCCCCGCUGGCUCUACCAGAGUAGGAGUGUAUCUGGACCGGCCUGCUGGCACUCUGUCCUUCUACAGAGUGUCCCCAGGUGGAGCAGGGUCCUCAGACACACUGACACACAUCCACACCUUCUGGUCCUUCUUCACUCAGGAGGACCUCCUCCCUGGGUUUGGGUUCUGGGGGGAUGAGGGUGACUCAGUCUCUUUCUGUCGGUUUUAUAAAAAAUAGCACCCGCACACACACACACACACGCACACAUACAGGUAUGGAGGAUUAGGAGGACACUUACAAUUUUCUGUAAAUUAUGCUCAGUACAGGCCUACGAGGACACCUCUUUCCAGAGGUGCUAGAGCUAUAAAAAAUAUAUCAAAAAUGUCCAUUCUUUUUACAAAAAUACAUUUCCUCAUAUUUCAAAAGAUAGCGACACACGGAUUUACACAGACAUUUUGGUGGUAUACAGGGACUCAUUCCCCAUACAGGCUUGUAAGCACCCCAAAGAGGUUUAUGAGGACAUAGGUUUUAGAACAGGCCUGCAAGGACACUAGUCGACACACAGACCAAGUUUAGAACAGGCCUGCAAGGACACUAGUUGACACACAGACCAAGUUUAGAACAGGCCUGCAAGGAUACCAGUUGACACACAGACCAAGUUUUAGAACAGGCCUGCAAGGACACUAGUCGACACACAGACCAAGUUUUAGAACAGGCCUGCAACGACACUAGUUGAAACACAGACCAAGUUUUAGAACAGGCCUGCAAGGACACUAGUUGACGCACAGACUGCAGACAGGAUUGUGAGGACAUUAAAGCAGUCUUGACAACUCUCAAAGGCAAGAUUGAUAAAAUCAGACUAAACACAUCUCAAACGCAAGGCACUCAAAACCGCGAACCACCAGCGACCAAAAAAGGAGCACUUAACUUGAUGUGUGAAUUUAGCUUGAUUCUUGAAAAAACUGUGCAAAACAUCAACUAUUCCAUGUGUGAAUACUACUUAAUUUUUUUCUUUAGGCCAUUAUUUCUCACAAAAUCACGAAUAUUUUGUCUUUGCACAGUGCACGUUGAGCGCUCGUGACCAGAAGUCUGUUCAAAAUAUAUGGCUUCAUAUGCUUCAUCAUAAUAUGGAGUUAGAAUCAUGCCAAAACCCCACACACACACACAAAACGUGUUUUACUCACGCACAACGAUUCACACACGCAAAACGUGUUUUACUCACGCACAACGAUUCACACACACGCUCAGUGUGGUUUGUAAUUGAAAAAAUAUGUUUCUUUGUAUGUGUAAAACAUACUGUAUUUGUUUCUGAAGCAAAAUGAAUUCGUUUGUGAAUGAUGUUUUGCGUGUGUGUGAAUCGUUGUGCGUGAGUAAAACACGUUUUGUGUGUGUGUGAAUCGUUGUGCGUGAGUAAAACACGUUUUCCGUGUGUGUGGGGUUUUGGCAUGAUUCUAACUCCAUAAUCACAGCUUUUGUUUCCAAUUCAGACCACGGCCUCUUCACACAGCGCCUCCUCUCGGACGGAAUGUGUUUACCUGUAUUGAAAAGAGCAACAAAUCUUAACUUUGUAUGCAAUGGUAGCCUCAGGUCCUGUCUGUUGACGUUAAAAUAUUGAGGAAAUCAGAGAUCGGCUGCUGUAAAUAGUUGUCAUACAAAAAUACAUUCUAUGAUGCCUUAGGAUCAUAACAAAACACAAAUAAAAAGCUUUUAGCCUGAGUCAAUGUCUUCAUUUUGAUGUUGUCACGGUCUCUC